GCAGGCGCAAUCUGGUUGCCUGGGAGGCCGAACGAGCGAAGUAGUAGCCGGGAACCGUUGGAAAAGGGGAAACGCCGUGAAAGGCACGCACGCGGAUAUCAUGGUGGAACCAGAUAAGCUUAACAUUGACUCCAUCAUCCAGAGACUACUUGAGGUCAAAGGCUCUCGUCCUGGAAAGAAUGUUCAGCUAACUGAAAAUGAGAUCCGUGGCCUCUGUCUUAAGUCCCGUGAGAUUUUCCUCAGCCAGCCUAUCUUGCUCGAACUCGAGGCCCCCCUAAAGAUUUGUGGGGAUGUACAUGGUCAGUACUAUGAUUUGCUCCGACUGUUUGAGUAUGGCGGAUUCCCGCCAGAGAGCAACUACCUCUUUCUUGGAGACUACGUGGACCGUGGGAAGCAGUCGCUGGAGACGAUCUGUUUGCUGCUUGCCUACAAAGUCAAAUACCCAGAAAACUUCUUCCUACUCAGGGGCAACCAUGAGUGUGCAUCAAUCAACCGUAUUUAUGGAUUCUAUGACGAGUGCAAGCGAAGAUAUAAUAUCAAGCUGUGGAAAACCUUCACGGACUGUUUCAACUGCUUGCCAGUAGCGGCAAUUGUGGACGAGAAGAUUUUCUGCUGCCAUGGAGGCUUGUCUCCCGACCUCCAGUCCAUGGAGCAGGUCCGUCGUGUCAUGCGGCCUACAGAUGUUCCGGAUCAGGGCCUGCUGUGUGACCUGCUUUGGGCUGAUCCUGAUAAAGAUGUGCUGGGAUGGGGCGAGAAUGACCGGGGGGUGUCUUUCACAUUUGGAGCAGACGUUGUGGCCAAGUUCCUGCACAAACAUGAUAUGGAUCUCAUUUGCAGGGCACAUCAGGUGGUAGAAGAUGGCUAUGAAUUCUUUGCAAAGAGGCAGCUGGUCACCUUGUUCUCCGCACCCAAUUAUUGUGGCGAGUUUGAUAAUGCUGGAGCAAUGAUGACUGUGGAUGAGACCCUCAUGUGUUCGUUUCAGAUCCUCAAGCCUGCAGAUAAGAAACUCUUCUCCUAUGGCGGCGGUGGUAUGGGUUCAGCACGGCCCGUGACACCACCACGAAACUCGGCGAAGUCCAAACCCAAGAAAUAACACCCUGCCCCCUCUCUCCCCCCCACCACCACCACCACCCUCAAUAAGCUGUCAAGCCUGACUCCGCCUUGUGAGGCGGAGCCAAGGACUCCAGACCUGGCCUCCUAGGGACAGGGCCACAGACUGCUGAUGACCGCUCAGCCACUGCCACCACAUUCAUCGUGUGAGUAGCAGGUAGAUGCAAAGUAAGCAAACGUCAAGAAGCCUCCCCACUUUGUUAGUUUUAAUUUCCACAUUGAUCUCGUGCACCAGCAAGACAAACUGGUGUGUGAGCACCGCUGAAUCUCCUCAUCAUGUCAAGCUGCUGCCCUCGCAGGACAAGAUGUUCUCUCCAUCACUCAGGGUGACAGAUGCAGGAUGGAGAGGGGACACAACUCUCCUCUGUUGAGGAAAAAGCACAUCCUUCCCCACCACGGACCUCGGCACCCUGUGUGGGUCCAGGAGAGUCGGGCACAGAGACUUGAAUUCCUGUCGAUUUUAUUUUAAAGUGUUGCGAGAGUGAGUCUGUACAUGUUUAAGAAAAAACCACUAAAUAAAGAGCUCCAAGAGUGA